UGGUACCCACUCCCACUCUCCAGCGAGCAAUUGCAAUCACAAGCUUGCUACACUUCGUCUUAACUUAGUGUGCAGGUCAGUAACAGCAUUGGUCAUCAUUAAAAAAAAAAAAAAAAAAAAAAAAAAAAAAGCAUUGAUCAUAAACUUGAUUAGUUUGCCGGUUUCGCAUAAUGAUGAUCGGGACGGCACCUGCCUUCUUGGCUAGUACCCAAGAAGAGGGAUUGUCCUCUUCCACAGCUCCCACCAGACAGCAUCGGGCGAUCCAGGAGGGGGACCUAGUCAUUGUGUAUGAAGGCCAUGAGCGUAUGCGCGCAGUUCGUGUCAGCUCCAAGGGGCGCUUUGAAGACAAAUGGGGAGUGUUUUUCCAGGAGCGUUGGAUCGGAUGCCCCUUCGGUUCUCGCGUCUUUGCCGAUCGGGGUGAUGGCUUUGUCCACCUCCUCGCUCCUUCCCCCGAGUUAUGGACACUGGUACUGCCUCAUAGGACACAAAUUUUGUACAUGGCAGACAUCAGCCUUGUGAUCUCCUUCCUGGAACUGAGGCCUGGGGUCGUGGUCCUGGAAUCGGGCACAGGAUCGGGAUCGCUAACCACCUCCCUGGCGCGGGCUGUGAGUCCCCAUGGGCAUGUGCACACUUUCGAAUUUCACGCCCAGCGCGCCGCUGUGGCGAAGGAGGAGUUUGCGAAGAAUGGGCUAGAUUCCAUUGUCGCAGUCGACGUUCGCGACAUUCAGGGUGAAGGAUUUCCCGAGCACCUCGCUGGGAAGGCGGAUGCUGUCUUCCUAGACCUCCCGGGCCCGUGGGAAGCGGUUCCAAGUGCAGCGCGAAGCCUGCGGCCUGAUGGGGUUUUCUGCUCCUUUUCUCCAUGCAUUGAGCAGGUGCAGCGCUGCUGUGCCGCUCUGCAUAAGCAUGGCUUCGUGGAUGUUCGCACUUUCGAGGUACUCCUUCGUACAUACAACCUACGGUCAGAGACGCAGAUCACAGACCUGCGGUCGACCACAGGCCAGAGCCAGCAUGGGAAUGGCCAGCAAGAUCUCACUGCUAUGGGAGGUGCUGGAGUGGGGGUCACUGACUCAGACUGGGAGGAUCACAGAGUGAAACGACUCCGAGCUGAAGAGGAAGCAAAGACAGAAGGUGUAGAGGACCGCGGGGAUGACAGCAUUCUGGAGGAGAGUGGUGGCCCGAAGAUGACUGGACCAGACCAUUCUAUCAAUACGACCGGUGGUGAUCCUGGGACAAAGCUGGGAAGGGCCAUCCAACAAGGCCUCAUGGGCGAAAGUGCACCACAGGCCCUGUCAAGUCCUUUCCGUCAUCGGAGGGUAACGGCUAUCUGCUCUAGUGAUGCCAGGGGCCACACUGGCUACCUGACAUUUGCAAGGCGUUGUGCAAUUGCUGCUGCUGCUGCUGCUGAUGAUGAUGAUGAUAAGAAGAAUGCUCUACGGAAAGGUAGCUGGGGAUGGAGAAGGGCGGUUGCCGCAUUUGGCCCGGGGAUCCUCAGAGAUGACAGGGAAGUAAACCGGGAGGUGCUCGGGGACUUGGUGUUCAAGGACGUCGAAAAGCGGCGCAAACUCAAUUGGGCGACGUGGCCGUCGAUCUUCAUGGGAAUGUUCAAAGAGCUUGCUUGGCUAUGGCUUGUGGGGAGUCCAGUUGCGGUUUUGGAUGCGCCCCUCCUUUUUGAGGCCUGCCUCACCUGGUUAGCUAGCCCCAUUGCGGUAAUCUGGGUCCCUAGGAGUGUUCAAGAGCAACGGCUGAUGUCGCGUGAUAACAUCACACUUGAGCAAGCCCAGCAACGCAUCGAUGCCCAACUUCCACUGGAGUGGAAACGUGCUCGCGCCGAUAUUGUCAUCGACAACUCUGGUUCAAUCGAAGAGCUCCGUGCGCAAGUUGAGCGGUUUUCUGUUGAAAUCCAAGCCCCACGAGGAUGGCGUGGAUGGCUGUCCUCCCGGGGAGGCGUUGGCACCGCAAUUGUGGCAGUGAGUGUGUGUCUUUGGGUACUCUGGUCCUGGGUGGGAAAGGCAGAUGGGCUAGGCUAAACAGGACCCAGGACAGAUAUAAUGGAUAAGGUCCACUUCUCAGGACAUAUUCACACUAAGACAUUCCUAGACGCACCUGGACGUAAUUGCAAUCUAGAAUCACUAUGAAUAUGGCAGUAACUGUGUGUCUUUGGGUACUCUGCUCCUGGGUGGGAAAGGCAGAUGGGCUAAACAGGGCCCAAUACAGAUAUAAUGGAUAAGGUCCACUUCUCAAAACAUAUCCACGCUAAGGUCACACUAAGACAUUCCUAGAUGCACCUGGACGCAAUUGCAGUUCAGAAUCACUAUGAAUAUGGUCCCCCAGUCAUCCUAAUUUGGAGAGGUGAACAUAUGGCACUUCCAGCCUGCAAUAAGCGAGGUCGGUUUUAUUUUGACGUUGACGUUGUUGGCCGGCGAGUCACGGUGAGCGCACUCCGUCUGCGAGACUUUACCGUGGAAUCGCUGAUGGCUCUGAGCAUUGCAAAAAAAGUGUCACUGCACGAUGCCGACUGACCGUGGGUUCGAACCCGCGAGUGUUUUACGCAAAGCGAAGCGAAGCGUCAGCCGAUCGACUUGUGCGUUUGAAGUUUCGAAGUGUGCACACUGUGUACAUUGUGUUAGUUGCCUCUUUGUGUAACGCGGACGACGACACGAUCCAAUGCGAGGGGGGCAUAUUUGAUAUUUCUUUUAUCAAGUUUUUUAUUACCUUAUACCUCUGAGGUAUGGUUCAUCUUUUGUAGAACUGGGUCGCGCGACGGCUCGCCUACUGUAGUCGACGGAGGGUUGGAGAUGCGGAAUACAAAAGAACCGCGACUCCACGGCUUUGACAUCGUCUUGAAGGGUCUGCUGCAUUCGGCGAGCAAGACGAUG